UUCAGUCAGUGUCUCGUAUCAUCCGAGAUGAGUGGAGCUCUACUCUUCCGAGUUUCUAUUCCAGCAGACAAACCUUUAGAACAGGCACUAAAAGAUGUUUUAGCAGAAUUGAAGGUUAAAAAUCCUAUCUGGUUGCAAGGAAGCGAAGAUGGUAUCAAGUACACAUUUCGUCAGGUUCUAUUUUAUUUGGAAAAUGGUCCAGAAACAGAAGAAGCCAUCAAAUUGUUAACUCAGAAGCAGAUUGGAAUUAAACCUCAUUCAUCCAUAGGAUUGUUUCAGUGCUAUUUAUUAUAUGAAGGAACAGAUGAACAAAGCCCAAGAAUCAAAAUUUUCCAGCAUGAAGAUGAAUUUAGUACAUGGGACAAAUUUGUGGAAUCAGUUAGGCCAAGGCUGGCUAUAGCCCAAGUAGCUGAAACAGUCAAGUACAAAGCUUCUUUAAGGUUUGAUUUUCUGAUCCUACUGAUUGUUGCAGGGUUAACAGCAUCAUUAGGUUUAGUUGAAGACAACCAAUUGAUACUUGCUGCAAGUAUGUUGAUAUCUCCACUAAUGAACCCAAUGGUAGCAGCAACUUUCGGCACAGUGAUUCGUGACUGCAGGCUUCAAAAGCUUGGAAUUGUGAAUGGUCUAUUAGGAUUGUUCCUUUGUCUUAUAAUAGGAUUUAUCUAUGGGAUAAUCAAUGCACUUAUUCAAGGAAAUUCACCUAGAAUGCAAUGGCCCACUGGACUAAUGUAUUCCAUGGGUUCUAUCAGCUCUUUAUGGACAGGAAUAAUGCUUGCGCUUCUCUCAGGAAUUGCUGUAUCAAUUGGAAUUCUUGGUGAUGAACCCACAUCAAUUCAUGGGGUAGCUAUGUCGGCUGCACUUUUGCCUCCAGCUGUAAAUGCAGGAUUACUUUGGUCAAAUUCAGUAAUUCAUCUCAGAAAUAACAGUUUCCCAGAUGGCUCUCUGAAGAUUUGGUCUUCCAACCCACCUCUGGAGUUUGCAGUCCUUGGAGCAAUGAGCUUAUCUUUAUCCUUUCUAAACAUUUUAUUUAUCUUUAUAGCUGGAGUAGUUCUAUUAAAGGUAAAAGAAGCAGCCCCUUGGAGAAAAAAGGGUGAUAUCAGAUGGGAGAGAUUAAAAGAUUAUCGCCCCCUUACAAAAGAGGAAACUGAAACAAUAUCAAACAGGAUUGGCAAACAACUACACAGAAUGAACCAAGAAUGGACUGUUCCCACAAAUAUUCUUUCCCAAAAGAUUCCCAGUGAAAUUGUUACAUGGUAUGCCAACAAAACAGAUCUUACUAGACCUACAGCACAAGACAUGACAAGACUCAUGACUCCCCGCAGCCGUUGGUCAAGUGUACCAGGGCAUCAUGAAAUAAACACUAUCAGCCCAGGGACAUCCCCCCGUAGGAGUACUGCACAAAUGCAGACACCUCAGAAAUCAAGAUUUACAGUUGUUCCUGUUUCAAUGUAAAUUAGUAAUUAUUUAAUUUAUUUCAUGUACAUGAUUUUAAUAAUGGGUAAUUUCAGUUGUAAAACUGACUAAUUCUAAACUUUAAUUGAAAUACAC